AUGCCCGUCGUAUGUCUAAGGAUCUGCACCUACCAGCCUGUCGAAGGUGGCUCAACGGACGAGCCGAUCUGGGAGAAGGGUCAGGGAAAAGGUGCGGAGUGGCACAAGGAGUUCAUCCUAGAGCUGCCCAAUGAUGACCCGCGCUUCCACACAGACGCUCUCCCUGCCUCUGUGAAGAGGAUUGAAGUGGCUUUGCUGCCCUUGCAGGUGAACGUCUUGCAUCUGCCCGGUGUCCUGAACCUGAAGGUGAUGAGCAUCCUCUCCACUCAGGUUUGGCACAACUGGGACCACAUGACCAUAUUCUCGAAGAUCCCUAUCAGAGCUAUUGUAUCAGGCAAGUGGAAACAGUACAGUAUGGUCUGGAGCUUUGGCCUCCUUUGGCUUCUGGUUCUGCUGUGUGCCCUCAUCGUGCUCUCCAUGAACCUGGCAGUGCAUGUCGAUUUUUCUUUUCCGUUUCUGCGCUGGGGAUCCUGUGCCGAUUGGCUGCCUCAGCAUCCCCGAGUUGUGCGAUGGGCUGCGAUGCCUCGCUGA